AGUGCCAAACUCAAUUGGAAACGUUGUAUGCCAGUGGCUGUGAUCACACACAUCAGACUGAGUUUUUGACAUAUCGUUUGAUGUAUAGUAUGUUAUUGAAUGAUUAUAAGAGUAAGUUUAUCUUUUCGGUAUGACCAUUAGACUUAAGUCUUGUCACUUCAAGUCAGUUCCACUGCGCCUAAGCUUACAUAAACUACAUAGAAAACGAAGUCCGCCUUUUUGCUAGUUAAAAAAUCUACCAGUAUAUCUAGUAAAUUAACGACUUUUGAUUGUAAACAUUCUCUAUUUGUUGGAAGUUGUUUCGUCUUUCUGUUUAGAAACAACUCGUAUUCUGAAUGACAUUGAUGCUGUGAAUGAUGGUGAUAACGAAAAUAUUGAACUUGUUUUAGAAUUGUUUGUCCCAACAUUUCCGCUUGACGCUAUUACGUCUAUGUUGGCCUAUGAUUCUCAAGAGUCAUGUAAAACACAUCUUAAAACGCUCGGCGUUACAUUGUGUGAGGAUGAACAAAUGAUUGAUUGUAAACCAACACGACAAAUAUAUGAAAAAGCGAAAUCAUAA